CAAAUGCGACACAACUCGCACUUGGAGACUGUAGUCUGACCGGAGCUGACUGUUGAUGAGCUGCAGAUAAACUUUUUGGAUAAAUGUUUUUAUAAUCUACAGUCCACUACAGAUCAAUAUAACUGGGAUCCAAAAAAAUAAAUGGGACAACAAAAAUCGCGAGAAACUGAAUCAGUCCAGUUGCGCGCACGGUUCAUUUUAGCCAACUUUGAGCGGUAGCCCAUCCGAUCUUCCUCAGUCCGUGCGGACGCAGCAGCAGCAGAGGAGGAGGAGGAGGCUGGAUGUGGCACGAGACGGGUCACUGAGCUGCAGCGAGCCGGGUGCGAGUUUCUCCUGUUCCCAACUCUCCAAUGUCACCGGACAGGAUGAUGAUCAUUGGACUUCUGCUCAACGUCUUCUCUCAUGGUAGUGUGCCAGUAUCUGCAUCCUUAGACUGUCUGGUGUCGGAGCAGGGCUGCAUCCAGGAGCAGUCCUGCAUGGUGCUCUAUCGACUGCUGGAAUACUGUGCGGCUGAGGAGGCCGUGUCUCCCCUCGGCUCAGACGCGCGCUUGGAGUGUCUGGAGGCCCAGAACUCCUUGCAGCAUUACCGACCCCUGCAAGUGUGCAAGUGUCAGCGUGGCUCUCGCAGGGAGGAGCACUGCCUCAGAGUCUACUGGACUGUGAGGUUUGCAGCAUAUGAUGAGUAUGAGGUGUCUCCAUAUGAAGAACUGGAGUUAAAUCUGGUGAGAAACAUUGAGAUGUCACGUAUGGCGUCCAUCAUGGCAGCUUCCUCUCUUUCUGUGGAUGGUCAAAACCAGUGCCUGAAGGCAGCGCAGGACUGUGGCCUGUAUGAGAAAUGUGGCUCCCUGCGGUCAGAAUAUGUUUUAGCCUGCACCAAGCGAGCAACAGUCUCCGACAACAGCUGUAACCGGCAGAAAUGCCACAAAGCCCUGCGGCGCUUCCUGGAGCGCGUGCCAGAGGAGUACAGCUUCGCUCUGCUCUUCUGUCCCUGCUCUGACACUCUGUGUGGGGAGCGCCGGAGAAAAACCAUCGUCCCGUCAUGUUCCUAUGAGGAGAAUGGGAGAGGGGAGGAAAGAGUGGGGAAACCUAACUGCCUGAGCCUGCAGAACUUCUGCUCCAGAGAUGAGCUGUGUAGAUCCCGCUUUGCUGAUUUCCAACACAACUGCCAGCCCUCCCCUCUGUCUGCCUCUGGCUGUAUGCGAGACAGCAGAGCCAUGUGUCUGAAGGCCUACGCAGGACUCAUAGGCACCAUCAUGACUCCCAACUAUGUGAGCAACAGCAGCACAGAAGUGUCCCAGUGGUGCACAUGUGACGGCAGCGGGAACGAAUGGCAGGGCUGUCAGCGCAUCCUGCACAUGUUCAGUGGCAAUUUAUGUCUACGCAACGCCAUCAGCUCCAUGGGAAUCUCUGCACCUCCUCCUGUGGAAAUCACUCCAGUGCCAGCUUCUCAGCCCUCCCCACGCGUCUACCAGGAGAGGGUCCACGUCAGUGUUAACACUCUCCCUGAAUUCAACAGUAUGGAGGACAGCGAGGAAGGGGAGCAGGAGAAGGAAGCAAGCGAGGAAUUCAACAUCAUCCCACCGUAUUCUGAGAAGGACUCAAACACUGAAUCCGGGGCUAGAGGGAGUAAACGUGGAGGAGCUAGCAGAGCAGUACCCGUGUUAACAUUACUGCUGCUGCCUACGCUCAUCCUGGACUGGGAAUGUUGGAGCUACUGAAGCCUCCAUUUCAUUCGCUCUUAUUUUACACUCGCUACCACUUUCAAAUCCAUCUCAGCACUCAGAAUGAGCCACAGAGGACGAAUUGCUCCAUUUCUUUUUCUUCCUUUUUUUCAUUUUCAAAAUACGCUGACUUUAUUUUAUAAUUCUGUUUCUCCUAUCACUGCCUCCUCAAGAGUUAAAAGAUAUUAGUAGUCCUGCAGUAUCUGCCGCGUCUUUGCUCGAGUCCUCUCCUGUGCAACGCAGGGAACAACGUGAUCAGAUAAAUGAGUGCAUGGGUGAAUUUAGAAAUGCUGUCUGGGCAAAUACUCUAUCUAGAGCCUGCUUCACACUCAAAGUACAUCCCGUCUUUUAGCAAGAAGCACAUCGCCCAAGGCCACAUCCACUACACUCACUCCCAAAAACCAUAUCCAGUCUACUCCACUGCAACCAGGCUGGAGCACAGCUUUUGAUUUCUAUUUCAUGACUCGUGUCACAUCCGUUUCUCUGUAGGGCCCUUCGGUUCUUCCUCUCCUUACUCAAUACCAUGGUUGAGUUACAUAAUCCACUUUACAACAAGCUAAUAAGAAACUGCACCGCACUUAAACUGCUUUGUACUAUUAAAGAAGAAAUCUUUUUUGAAAAGUGCUGCGUUUAAAAAGCGAUUUGUUGCAACAUUAUGUAUGACACAUCUUACGCCUUCUUCUCACUGUGCGCCAAAAACCAGAUUCCACUUAGUAUUAUUCCUACCAGGGUGAGUGACUGAAAAUUCAAGCAUGGGCGAAAGUAAUGAGAUCAAAUUCUAUUGUAGAGAUGACGAGCUUGAGAAAAGCAACAUGAGCAAUUACAGCACAUUUCAAAUUGCUCAGCAUGCACUGAAAGUCUGGAGUAAGGCUCAGAGGUGGAAAUAGCCAAUUUACUGCUGUCAUACACUCUCACAUUUUAUUGUCCUGAGGAGGUGUGUUUUUAGUGCUCCUUGUCCAUAAUGUGCUUUAGAUGUUGUGAGAGCGAGAUGCGGAGAAACGGAUGGACACAGGAGACUGUAAAGCCUGCUGGCUGCUCCGAUCGUUGAGCAGCACAUUGAGCCAUUCUCUCUGCCUGAAAUAGCUUUUGCUGAUGUUAAUGAUUUUUUUCUCUUAUGGCUCAUUUUCUUGUGAAAUUACGCAGCUGCAGGGAUGAAGGUAAAGAGAAGUAUAGUGAAGUUUUUGUAGCGGGCUAAACUCGUCUAAUUUGAGGGAGAGUUUGCAAGAAAUACCGUGUCUGAGCUCCGCAAGGAACAUUUCUUUAAAUCGUCUCAUGUUUUCUCAUGACACAAACAACUAUGCCAUCAAAACGGAACAUUUCCAAAGACAUAUCACACAAAAUAAAUGAUAGGUGUUUGAAUAUCACUUGGGGAGGCAGUAUGACCCUACAACUGUUUGCCCCCACGACUGGACUUGUUUACACAAUGGUUUAUUGACAUGAAGACUGAACUUUUAAUAGGAACAGACAGUAUAAAGGCAGAAAUGCACUGGAAGCGUAUGAGCUCUUCUUUUGCAAAUAAAGGUCCAUGACCACUUCAAACUUUGAUUUUUAGAAGUCAAAGUAAAUGGAAGUUGUAAGUUUAGUGGACCUGUAGUGGCUGUUGCUCACCUCGGGCCAAAAUGACAUCAUGCAGACUGCAAGGGCCAGUUAGCAAAGCUCUAAAGUGUGACUGAAAGCUUAGUGGGUACAAAAAAAACAUAUUUGGACACAAUAUUUGAAAUUAAAUGUAACAACCAGAUAACAACCAGCUGGUGAAUAUACUGUAUAUGAACCAGAAGCAUAGAAGAGACGUGUUGCUAGAUAAACAUGCUGAAGAAACUUUCACUGUGUCACAGUGCAGUGUCAAUGAUGCUUUUUAUUCAUAAAGCAUCCAAUGUCUAUAAUUACAUCCAGUGCGCUCUGGCCUUAAUGACUGAAUGUGAGUUUACAUGUAUUUUCACAUUUCAGUAGGUUUGUUUAUAUUUGUAAACUAUGUAAAGUAAACAUUUGCAUUAAACAUGGCUUGUAUUUUUUUUUUGAUGAGUUAAAGAGUUAAAAAAAUUAAAAUAAUCUUAUUAUUCAUUCAUAAAUCAAAAAUCUUAAAAAAUAAAUAUGUGAAUAUUCCCCAAAUUAGACUGUCUUUAGAUUGUAUCUUGAAAACCCAGUUGAGAGACUAUGUACAGUACUAUGUUUCACUUGCUAACCUUCUUUAAAAGACAUAUCAAACAUGCCAAAUAAUUCUGACUGUAAUGUGUAAUAACUGUGUAAUUUUUGUGCCGAUUUGGUAAAAGAAAAAUAAAAGUCACAUUUCCACGUCUGUCAGGAAAAAAAAUUGUUUUGAAUGACCAAGAAAUGACUACUGUUUA